AUGCCGCCCAGGACGAGAGCGGGGGUUCAAAGCCAGAAGCAAAAGGAAAAGCAGCUUGCGAACUCCUACAAUGAAUUACUCGAAGAGUUCUCGUCCAAGGAUCUUCGGAGCGUGGGAAAUUACACUUUAGGGAGGUUGAUUGGCAAGGGCUCUUUCGGAAAGGUCUACCUCGCGUCGCACAAGCUCACCAACGGCUCCAAGGUGGUUCUCAAGUCUUCUCGUAAGGAGGACACAAAUUUGGCCCGCGAGAUACAUCACCAUCGUCAAUUUCUUCAUCCCCAUAUUGCGCGUCUCUACGAGGUGGUUGUGACUGAAAAUCUGGUGUGGCUGGUCCUGGAAUACUGUCAGGGUGACGAACUUUACAACUACCUCCUGCGCCACGGUUCAUUGCCGGUCGACAAAGUAAAACGGAUAUUCACCCAGUUGGUGGGAGCAGUGGCCUAUGUUCAUAGCAAGUCUUGCGUGCAUCGGGAUCUGAAAUUGGAGAACAUUCUCCUGGACAAACAAGAGAACGUCAAGCUCUGCGAUUUCGGAUUUACACGCGAAUAUGAGGGCAAAUCGAGUUACUUGCAGACUUUCUGCGGGACAAUAUGCUACAGUGCCCCGGAAAUGUUGAAGGGAGAGAAAUACGCCGGUGAGAAGGUGGAUGUGUGGAGCUUGGGUAUUAUCCUAUAUGCCCUACUUGCCGGCGAGCUGCCAUACGACGACGACGAUGAUCAGGUCACCAAGAACCGGAUUCUAUCGGAGGAACCCAUCUACAAUGCCAAGUUCCCGGAAGAUGCGAAGGCUCUCAUCAACCUUCUUUUGUCGAAACGUCCAUUGAUUCGACCAAGCCUCGAAGAAAUUCUCGCCCAUCCUUUCCUCGCAGAGCAUGCUCCUGAGCAACUCGCGAUCCUUAAGAUCCCGCGACCUUCACCUUUCACGACACCGCUCGAGAAGACGACAUUGCAACGGAUGAAAAGUGCGGGAGUCAACAUCGACGAAAUCAUUGAGAAUGUCUUGGCACAACGAUGCGAUCCUCUAGCUGGGUGGUGGGCAUUGCUGAUCGAGAAGGAGCAGCGGAAAGAACAAAAACGAGAGCGCAAGCGUCGGGAGCGAGAAGCAGAGGUCAAGAACCUUCGUCGUCUCAGCGCUGCUAGUAGCCGGUUUGAGAAGCUCUCAUCGGCAUUGGUGGAGGUAGAUGAGGAAGGACAGGGAAAUGCAGGCAGUCAGCUAUCAGAUCGGGGGCGUCGCGACAGGCGGAGCCUGCCAUCUCAAUUGGCAGUGCCGGAACUUCCUGCACUGCCCGAGCCACUACCUGUUCAGACACCUGAACUGAAGAGUGCUCCUCCUACGCCUCUCGAUAAGGACUCUAUACAUUCAGCCUCAUCAUCGCGACAACGGCCGGUUCCACCACCGAAGGAUAAGAGGCGAUCCCGCCCGAGCAUGCUGCAUGUCAGUGCCUCACAACCGGAGCUUGCCCAGCAUCAUGGCCUCUUCCGUCGUCGAACCUCCGCGAAUCGACGCCACAAUCCAAUAAUUAGCCAACUAGCUUCGCUCAAGCACUGGUUCGUGGAAUCAGCCAAGCGGGCGAAGUCGCCGAGUGCCAAAUCAGCUGGCUCGCGCAAGUUUACCGACAAAUUUAGCCCAGCGAAAAGUCAAGAUACUGGCAAAAAGGCUACUUCCUUACCUGCUUCGGUUGAGCCAGCUGAAGAAGUUGUCACUCCUACCCAGAUCAAACGAAUCUCCAAUGCCAGCAGCCUGGCCCCUAGCAGCGCUUCCUACCGCCAAAAUCGCCAUUCCUACCCUCGUCAGCCACGAGCGUUGAACACUGGCCAUUCGAGUAAUCGAAACUCACUUUCACCAUCACCAAUCACUCCCCGUGGAUCCUAUCGACGGUCAUCAGCCGGACUACGGGGUCGCAAGUCAACAUCUUCGUCCGUCUCCUCUAUUCGCAGUAUUCACCACACCCGCGCCCAUUCCAAGGCUUCGUCAAUCUCAUCCAAUAGUAUUGAUACGGUUGCCACACCUACAGCCCGAAUUUCCAAGUCACCUCACGCUUCCCUUAAAGUCCUACCUACUACACCGGGUGCAUCAGCUCGUUUCCCUAGCAAUAUUCGAUAUGUUCGCGGCCCUAGCGGUGUGCCUAGGGAAUUCGGCGAGCAUCUAGUUCCAGGACCGUCAAAUUUCAAUGAAGCGGUGCCUGCACCCUUACUUUAUUCUCCUUCGUCAAGCCUGGUGUUUGCUCGGCGAAAGAGGUCUGCUUUCAAGGGUCCCAUGCUUCAUACAUCAAAUCUGAUGGCUCCUGGUAGCAUGGUCCACUCUCCGAUCCCUGGUCAGCCUGAUGGCGCAAUAGAGCCAAUAGUUGCCGGUGGACGGCCUGCUGCUCGCAAGAGCCAGAUCAUUGAAGAAGAGGAAGACGACGAGGAUAUUGAAGAAGUUGACCACUUUGAUGGCGAAGAGGAGACUGGCGAGCCAGCUGACGUAGUUGACGAGGAUGACCCAGAGACGGAAACCAUCAAAGAUUCUGCUGAAGUAGCCCAGGAGACUGGAUCUCCUGCAUCAAUCCGCAAGCCGGCUCUUGAACCUGCUGCAGAAUUGGAGUCCAGUCCGAUCCGACCUCCACGCUCAUCUUCAUUGCGCUCACCACCACCUGAAGCUGCCACGGCAAUUGCCGAGUUGACUGGUAGCACUGAUCUACAGCAAGAUGAUAUUGCGAUCAUCAAGAAUGCCGAUGCCGCUGGCGACGCGGCUUCUCCGCAUGUUGCUUCCCACCAAUAA